AUGCAACUUAAACAUCUCGUUAUUAUUGUCGCGACUUUCGUUUCAUCGGUUAUUUCACAAGAUUCAACAAAGAGUAUUACAGAUAAUGUAAUUGAAAAUCCAAAAUUGACCACAUUGAGGAAUUUUAUCAGUGCAAAUGAUGGACUUUCCAAAGUUUUGUCUGGAACCGAUCAAAUGACCAUACUAGCUCCAUCGGAUGACGCUUUUGCAGCUCUCGGUGAAAACUACCCAAAAGAUUCAAGAGAAAUAGAAAGUAUUAUAAGAUAUCACAUCAUUAAUAAAGUCGCCAAAGUCAAUGACCUUAUCAAAACCAUAUAUCCAAACACAUUACUUACCGAGGGGGUUAAACUACCUGAUAAAGCAGGUCAGGUUGUUGUGGUCAGGUCUGCUGAUAAAGGUAAUGCUACCAUUAGCGAUGGUCUCGAGAAAGCUAAAAUUGAUCAACCUGACUUGGAAGCCAAAAAUGGUAUCAUUCAUAUCAUUGACAAAGUAUUAAUGCCACCAAAGGGACCAUCAGAUACCGCCAAGCAAGUUUCUGAAUUAUCAACCUUUUCACAAACACUUAGCACCAAAGAUCUCAUUUCGGAUGUUGACGGUGAAAAGGAAAUUACAAUCUUUGCCCCAAAUAAUGAAGCCUUUGAUAAAUUAUCAAGAAGCACAUUUGAAUCCAAAGAUUUUAAGGAUACCAUGAAAUAUCACAUCGCAAGAGGUGUUUUUUAUUCUCGUACAGUCGAAAAUAACACUCAUGCAAAAACUUCCCAAGGGGACAAAAUUAUAAUCACGGUUUCGGGUGGAGAGGUUUUUGUUAACGAUGCUAAAGUAAUCACCGCCGAUAUAUUGACAAACAAUGGCGUCAUACAUGUAAUUGACACUGUACUUGAUCAAAGAUCUGCCAAAUCGUCUGCUGGUUUAAUCAAGGCCACUUCUGGCGUCAGUUUAAGCGCUGCUGUUUUAUUUUGUGCUUUUGCUUUUCUUUUUUAA